AUGAAGCUUGAUUGGCGUGCGACUGUGCUUCUCCUAGGGACUGUUAGUGCCCGGGAGAUAUCAGAGCUCGAGAAGCUCUACAGAGAGGGAACAACACCGGAUACCAAGAACAUCGAUGGCGUCCAAGUGCCGACACUCUCGCAGGCUUUGCCCUCAGGCCGUGAGAUUAAUCGCGAUGGCUGGACCGCUGACUGCACUACAGCCACGGCUGGCCACACCUGCGAUCAAGCCUUUGAUGCCAACAGCAGCACCUACUGGGAGAGCGACAGCAGUGAAACCUCCCAAAGCAUCACCAUCGAUCUGGGGACACAGGAUUACGCCGUCAGUGGCUUGACUGUAGUACCUAGGCAUGAUGCGAAUGCUUCGCUAAUUGAACAACACCAAGUCUUUUUGAGUGCUGAUAAUGUCACUUGGAACUUGGUUGCGUACGGAACUUGGUGGCCUGAUCAAAGCCAGAAGAUCUCUGCAUUCCAACCCCAAAAAGCCCAAUAUGUCAGACUCUCAGGCCCUGCUCCGAGCGGAAUCGCCAUCGAAGAUCUCAAGAUAUAUGAAGGCGACUUCAUUCCUCCUAAUCCGUCUCUGGGAGCCUGGGGCCCCACUAUCGACUUUCCUCUGGUCCCGGUUUCCGGUGCUGUCGACGCAAACUCUGGUGAGGUCGUCGCAUGGUCCGCCUGGGGUUACAACAUCUUUACUGGCGGCAAAGGAGGCAAGACACAAACUGCAACCUGGAACAGCGGCGCUCAAUCGGUGACGCGUCGUACCGUGAGCAAUACAUAUCAUGACAUGUUUUGUUCGGGUAUCUCGAUGGACGAAGAUGCAAAGAUUGUCGUAACUGGAGGAGCUGAUGCAGACCAGACCAGUAUCUACAACACCACCGUGCGUGACUGGUUCGAGGGAGGACUGAUGAAUGAGGCUCGUGGAUACCAGGCAUCCUCCACCUUGUCUGAUGGACGCAUUUUCGUUCUCGGAGGAUCGUUCUCGGGAGGUGUUGGCGGCAAAAAUGGAGAGGUCUUUGAUCGAGACACCAACGCUUGGUCUAAGCUUCCAGGUGCACUGGCAUCGGCAAUGCUAACCCAAGAUCAACGUGCGUACAGACAAGACAAUCACGGCUGGCUAUUUGCUUGGACCAAUGGAACCGUUUUCCAGGCCGGCCCCAGCAAGCAGAUGAACUGGUAUGGCACCUCAGGAAGUGGCUCCACUACUCCUGCCGGUGACCGCAUUGGUGAUGCAGAUGCCAUGUGUGGAAACGCGGUCAUGUUUGAUCAGGGCCAGAUCCUGACAUUUGGUGGCUCUCCAAAUUAUGAGAACAGUGAAGCCACCAACAAUGCUGCCAUCAUCACUCUUGACACUGACGCGCAAAGUGCCUACGUCCUCUCAAACGCGGGUGGAGGUAUGAACUACAAGCGAACCUUCCACAUCUCUGUCCCUCUUCCUGAUGGCUCUGUCUUUGUGCAUGGUGGGCAGGUGGUUGGACUUCCAUUUGAUGAAAGUCAGCCACAGAUGACUCCAGAGCUGUUUAUUCCCGAUUCUGAGAGUGAGAGCGGGGGCACCUGGGUCGAGCAGCAGAGAAACUCUAUCGUCCGAGUUUAUCACAGCAUCGCGCUGUUGCUUCAAGAUGGUACUGUCUUCACUGGUGGUGGUGGUCUGUGUGGAAAUUGUUCGGCCAAUCAUUUUGAUGGAGAAAUCUAUACACCGGCGUAUCUGCUCAACGCCGAUGGAUCUCUCAAAGACCGUCCCGUGAUUCAGAGUGUGACAGGAGGCCAAACACAACCUGGUGGCACCGUCGAGAUCACCACCGAUGGCCCAGUCGAUGCUCAGGCUUCCAUUAUCCGCUAUGGCUCCACCACGCACACUGUGAAUACAGACCAACGACGUAUCGGCGUUCAAUUGACGCAGACUGAGACGAACAAGUACACUUUCAGCAUUCCUGCUGAGCCGGGCGUUGCGCAGCCCGGCUACUACAUGCUCUUCGUCCUGAGGAACGGAACGCCUAGCCACUCAGUGAACGUCAAAGUGGCUAGUGCUUGA